AUGUCGACCGAAAGCAGCGCCAGCCCCAUAGGUAUCGCAAACCUGCCCAACCAGCGACACAAGAUUGUUGCUAAGAGGGGUGCCGCCUUCACUAUUAUGGUUGCUGGCGAAUCUGGCCUGGGCAAGACCACCUUCAUCAACACCCUGUUCUCCACGACCAUCAAGAACUAUGCCGAUCACAAGCGGAGACACCAGAAGCAAGUCGACAAGACCGUCGAGAUCGAGAUCACAAAGGCUGAGUUGGAGGAGAAGUUCUUCAAGGUCCGCCUGACCGUCAUCGACACCCCUGGCUUCGGCGAUUAUGUCAACAACCGCGACUCCUGGAUGCCAAUCAUCGAGUUCCUUGACGACCAGCACGAGUCCUACAUGUUGCAAGAGCAACAGCCCCGCCGAAACGACAAGAUCGACCUCCGUGUCCACGCUUGCUUGUACUUCAUCCGCCCCACCGGUCACACCCUGAAGCCUCUCGACAUCGAGGUUAUGAAGAGACUUUGCUCUCGCGUCAACUUGAUUCCAGUGAUUGCCAAGGCUGAUACUCUCAGCCCUGCUGACCUGGCCACCUUCAAGCAACGCAUCCGAGCUGUCAUCGAGGCCCAGAGCAUCAAGAUUUACCAGCCACCCGUUGAGGAGGACGACGAGGCCGCCGCUCAGCAUGCCCGCAGCCUGAUGGCCGCCAUGCCGUUCGCUGUCAUCGGAUCCGAGAAGGACGUCAAGACCGGCGAUGGCCGCAUCGUCAAGGGACGGCAGUACUCGUGGGGUGUUGCCGAGGUCGAGAACGAGGACCACUGUGACUUCAAGAAGCUCCGAUCAAUCCUCAUCCGGACCCACAUGCUCGACCUCAUCCACACCACCGAGGAGCUUCACUACGAGGCCUAUCGCGCUCAACAGAUGGAGACGCGCAAGUUCGGCGAGGCCCGCCCACGGAAGCUUGACAACCCCAAGUUCAAGGAGGAGGAAGAGGCCCUCCGGAAGCGCUUCACGGAGCAAGUCAAGAUCGAGGAGCAGCGGUUCAGACAAUGGGAGCAGAAGCUCAUUGCUGAGCGUGAUCGCCUUAACAAGGAUCUGGAGCAGACGCAUGCCCAGAUCAAGACACUGGAGCAGGAGCUGGAGCAGAUGCAGGGCAGCGCGGUCCGCAGCCAUGGUCGUCGUUAG